AUGGAUUUACAACCAGGAUUGUUAUUAAAUGAUGAAGCCUUCGCACGUGUACCUGAACAGAAUAAACCCGUUUUCAUCUAUGACUGGCUACGUAGUCUUGAUAGGCGGCUCUCUCAAUCCACAAAAUCAGAUGUUAAAAAUGUCCAAUCUGCUCUUAUCGAUCAACUUAUGGCUCAAGUAUCUCAAGGUGUUGGUCCUCCAACAAGAAAGUUAUUAGGCAGAUGCUUGGCAAAGAUAUUCACAGCUGGAGAUACAAUAUCACUUUACAAAGUUCUUGACACAUGCAACGAUAUUCUCAAAGACCGAGACGAUAAUCCAACAGCAAUUAAUAGGCGCCUCACCGCUUUGACUUGUCUUGGAAUUAUCUACCGAAGUCUUGGACGUCUUUGUGGUCGUUGUUUUGAAGAAACUGCAGGGAUCUUGACGAAAAUGAUGAAGCAAGUUGAAUCUCAAACACGGUGUGAAAUUCUUACUACUCUUCGGGAAAUAGUGACUGGUUUUGGUGGUGCUGAAGCCGCCUGUUUCCGUGACAUCUACAAAAUUGCCAGGUCUUUCAUCAAUGACAGAGUUCCUGCUGUCCGACUUGCUGUUGUCCAGUGUCUCAACAGUCUUGCAAAGAACCAUGUGACCUUCUUUACUGGUGAUUUGGAUGGAGUUAUGAGCAUGUGCAUCAAGGGCUUGGAGGGUUCCAACCACGCUGUUCGAAUGGAGAUUGCCAAGUUGCUCGGAUUUGUCUUGGCCAAAACCCAGCUUGAUGCUCCUGUUGGCGGUAACAAUGGAAAUGCAAAUCAGUCCUCAGGGAAUACUUCUGCUGGUGGGGCGUUAUCAAGUAAGUUGUUAAUCAAUCUUUGGAUUAUUAGUCGUUAUUUUGUGGGCGUCUGA